AUGUUUGGUAAUCCUCCCAGGCAUCCUGGAACUUCUCAAAGGGUCUGGAAUCCUUCUAAUACAUCAACUUAUGGUAAUUUGCCCGGUUCUGGCAUUUCUCUAGCGGAUGGACCUAGCGUCAACCACAGACAGCCAGGCCUCAAAGUUGGUAACAGACCAAUCCUUGAUCAAGGAUCUGGAGGUAAUCAUUAUUUCAGUCCAGGAAUAGGCAGGAGUCGUGGAUACAGUGGGAGCAGCACUCCUGGUUUAGGAAGAAGUCGGACGAGGACAAGGCUUUGUGGUCGUAGCUCAGCAUCAAACAGGAUAUUAGGGCCAGAGAGUUAUUUUGAUGAAUCCAUGUUGGAAGAUCCUUGGCAGCAUUUACAACCUAUUCCAUGGAAAGGACAAGAAGCUGGAAUGGAUAGUUUGAACACUCUGGGCACGUCAAAUUCCUGGCUUCCGAAAUCCAUUGGCCAAAAGAAGGCAAAAGUUUCAGAGGCUUCUUCAAACAAGUUUAACUCUCAACAAAGUCUUGCUGAGUACCUUGCAGCUUCAUUCAACAAAGCUGUUGAGGACACACAAAAUGAAUGA